UCCCUCGCGGCGAGAAUGUCCGAUGAAAGACUGUCUGCUCGCAGUAAAAAGGUGAACAAAAAAAAGGUAAAAAGGUCAACAUUGAAGAAUGGAACUCUUGAGUGAAGAAAAAACUUUACUCGACAUCAACAGUGAACUUCCCCAAGAGAAGAAGACAGUUACGAGUAAAGAGGAUCUUCGCAACCGGAGUAGCACAUGGAGAGUAACUAUGAACACAAUUAACUACAUGGAGGGCACCGGCUUCCUCGCCUUACCGUACGCCGUGGCGCGAGGAGGGAUCGCUGGAGCCCUCAGCUUUGCUUUUGUCGGCAUCCUGAUGGCUUACAUCUCGUAUCUUCUCAUUGAAUGCGUUUACGAAGGGAAAUCCACGAAAAGAAAGAGAGUUCAUACGAGCUACCGAGACAUCGCACAAGCUGCCUGGCUGCCGGCUGGAGGGACAGUGAGCAUACUCUUGAUCAUUAACUGGUUGAAUUUGAUGACAGGGUACCUUGUGGUCGCAAGCUCGUUGCUAGUAGAUGUGGAAAUCCCGGGUUUGAUUUUAACCCAAUCGUCCUGGGCUGCCCUUGCUGGCGUGUGCGUGUUUCCCGCCCUGUUCUGCAAAUCUCUCAAAUCAAUGGCCUGGGUGAGCUGCAUAAGCAAUAUAACCCUGAUAAUUUCUUUCAUUAUUGUUUUAAUAAGCGAAGUAAGUAACUACGCUGCAUGGGAUUUCAGAACAUUGUUUUUCUGGGACACACGCGGAGUCUUGUUCUCCAUCAACAUCAUUGUCUUUUCCUACAGCAUCCAGGCGGUCGUGAUCGACAUUGAAGAAAGCAUGACUCACAGGUCCCGAUUUAAUUGGGUAUUGACGAUGACAUACUCCGCUGCUUGUGCGGUAAAAACGUUGUUUGCAGUGUUCGGAUUUCUCUCGUUCAAGCAGAACACAAAUCAAGUUGUGAUCCUCAAUAUCCCUCACGGUAUACCGCGCAUCAUCGUUAUAACCGCGUUCGUGAUUAGCGUUCUCUCGACUUAUCCACUACCGGCACAUAUGCUUAUCAACACCUUGCAGAAUGGAAAACUUGGGGAGUUGGCUAAUGCUUCCGACAUCACCUCUAGACUUUUCCCAUUUUUCGCCCGUUCUGUGCUAGUGGUUUCUACUGUGAUCGCGGCUAUUUGUAUUCCACACUACGCGCUUUUGACAUCUCUGAGCGGUAGUAUCGUCAGCUACGCAGUUUGUCUGUUCUUCCCGCCAGUGUUACAUCUCGGAUUAAAACUCGACCAGGGAAUGCCGAGGUGGCAGAUGUUUGCGGAUAUAUUUUGCAUUAUGUUUGCCAUUUUAGGGUCUAGUCUGGGGUGCUUCGCAGCUAUAGAAACAAUUAUCCUUACUAUGUUUUAAAAAUCAAUCCUAAUCUGGGACAUAAAGGUGAUAGGUUGGUCAAAGAACACGUUCUUUUGGUAUACCUUAAAAUACGGUAAGAAUCGAAAAGCCCAAACCGUCGUGAUCUCGUACCAGAACAAUGAAUACAAUACACCAAAAUCCGGAAUUCGACUCUGCCAAUUUUUCGUCUUUAAUAAGACUCCUUCAGGGCUUAAGAAGUCUUAUUAAAGACGAAAAUUUGGCAGAGUCGAAUUCCAGUUUUUUGUGUAUCAAAACACGGUCGAUAUUUCUAGCUUGCACAUUAUUUAUUAAGGGAGCAUUAAUGUAAUAAAAUUUCCUUUCAAUUGUUAUAUGUCUCUCUCUUAAGUAUAAGAGAAAGCUUACAUUAAGUUAUGUAAGAGUUUUACAAAAUUUAGCACAGUUUUAACAGGUAAACAGUGCUAAAAUCGUCCGACGCCUCUCUCGACUGACCACAAGAAAGCGCUUUAGAAGUGGGACUCCAAAGAGGCCUGGCGUUUUUAUGUAUAUAGAGAUUUGGUUUGCUCAUAAAUCAUUACCUUUUAAAAGUAUUCAUACAGACACCGGCCAAUAAUGCCCAGAAAGCAAGACUGAUUCAUUCCGUCGUAAUGUUUAUAAGUACACCAUUGAUACUCUUGAAGACAGGCGAAAUAAAGACCUCACCGAGAAUUCUUUUUUGGUGUAUUUUGUUGAGAUGUAGAGUUUAGGUUAGUUUUUAAAGGUUAUUUUAAAAGAGUUCAAGAAAACGGUCGCACUUUUUACUUUUAACAUCCAAAAUAUUCACGCAAUAAAGACAUAUUGAUUUAGAGAGUUUGAAUCUAAUAAUAGAUCUGUGGCUUGGUCAUCAGCGCGUGCAACCACCCGGGACAGUUUUUAGGAGGGAAAAUUUUUGGCGGGAAAAAAAUUCUACCGAGCCUUCUUAAUUUUAUGUUUAUCGGAGAAUAAUUUUUCGUAAAAUGGUGUUUAGUUCUUUUCUUAGUGAUUCGUCGUUCGUUGCUGAUUUUUUACUUGUAUUUUUUAGUCUUAUUGUAACGUCAUAUUGGAAUCCGUUCUCCUGAAGCAAAACGAUAAAAACAAAAUCUUGAAAUGUUGUGUUAUCUUUUGACCAGAGUAAAGAUUUAUCACUAAGUCUUAAUCUUCCGAUUACAUGUCUUUUCCGUGGCAGCACAGGAUCGAGGCUGUUGUUGAUGGGGAGAUACCCGUAACAUUACUUAUUCACAAAGAACCUCUUCCAUACAAAUGGCGAAGCGCACGACAUUAAAGAGAGUGGUUCUGCUCUAUACAGAGGACCAGGCAGACAGGGCGGAAAAGCUACGUACAGUACUAGAAAGCGAGUCGGAUGGAGAUAUUGAGAUUCGUGAUUUGAUGGAUGUGGAAAUAGGAAAGCUCUCGCUGGAGGACGAGCUACGUGGAUGUGAUAGCAUCGUUCUCAUCUGCUCUCCGCUUGCAACUGAGCUCAUAGACAAUGAAAACAGCUCCGUUUUCAUCGCAGUAAAUGGACGUAAAGUCACUUUCGACGGGAGAGUUAUCAACAAAGUUUUUAGGGAUGGCAAUGGCAAUAUGAGAGAAAGGCUUAUCCCAGUUUCGUUUGUUGAUUUACCAAAGGUUUGGCAUGCGAGUGGUCGCAAAGGAAGAAAAGGGCCCAUUUGUUUUGGCGCCGAACUUGGUAAAUUAACGGAAAGGAUGUUGGAAGGAGACGUUUUACAAUCGUUAAUGGCCGUUAUAAGAGGAAAGAAAACGAAAUAAUGUUUAAUAACACACGAGCGUGGACUUGGAUACAUGGUAUUCCAGACGGUGUUUAGGAGUUAUUAUUAUAUCACCUCUAUUGAAAAUACUUAGAUCAAAUUAUCUUCUCGAUAUUGGAUUAUCCUUUCAUAAAAAAAGUCAAAGCCUACAUUUCUGAAAAACAAAGGGGCCAUAGGAAGGAAAAGUAAAAUAUUCAAGCAGAAAUUUAUAUGUAUAUUAUUUCUAUUCAUUCUCGGUGAUAUUUUUAAUUAUAUGGACACAAGUUCGAAUUCACCUGUUCAAACUGGAAUUGAAGCUCUCUUGGCUUUUCGUAAAGAGUUGAUCAAUAAACGUUGAUCAUAAACGUUUUUCGGGAGAUUUCAGACCGAGUUAUUUUGAAUAUUAGCGAUAGACGAGAUAAGAAUAUGUCUGCAUUUAAAAAGCGGCGAUAAAGGACGCAGAAAAGUAUGCAUUUCGAGACCGCAUGCGGUUUGAUGGUAUAAAACAGGUGUAAAACGGAUACAUUCCCUGUGGAUAUAAUACGCAAGGAUUUACACUUUUUAUAUUGGUAUUAUAUCGCUUUUUGUAGAAAAUGGACAAAAAAUAAAGCUAGGAUGUAUAUAUAGAAUAUUUCUUUUCUUUUCUUGGAACAGACGCUUUAUUCAUCUCUUAUGCCUCCUCUUGAAAGACGCAUUCGUUACUAAUAUAGAUGAUUAUAUUGUCGAAUAAAGUGAAGAGCGUAAAAACAAUGAGAAUUACCAAGGGAGCACAAUCUCUUGGAAUUAUGUAAUAAGGCAUUAUCACAGUCUUUUCCAUUAGGAUGGUCACAGAGCUAAAAAAAUUAUAAAACAUUUCGAAUAAUUUAUUUCAAACAAAUUAAAUAGAUAGGAUUUGGGCUUGUUCCAUUAUGAAUACUUUUAUGAAAUAAUGCGAGGAUUUUAGUUUAAAGUUGGUUUAAUUAACAUGGUUCAAUCUCAAUCUCCCAAGAGUGGACAGAACCAAGAACAAAACUGAAUAGACUGUGCUGUACAUGUUACUUAGAGAUCAUUUAGCUAGUAAGGAUUCAACACAAUGAAAAACAUGGCAAGUUAUCAGGCAAAGAAAAACCUUGUUUUACUAAACAUGCUAUUGGUGUGAAUGCAGCAAAAGAUGAGAUUUGUGGCACACUGAUUCAAUAAUAAUAAAAUAAUCGGGGUAUA